AUGCCGUCUCUGCUGCAACUGUCACUCCUCGCUUUGGGCGCUACAGCCGCCCUGCUGCCAAGGGACGACGGUACGCUUAUAACUCUCUCGCAAGGCUCGGUCCAAGGCACUCUCGUCACGCCCAUAGUGCGUCAAUGGCUCGGGAUCCCAUACGCUGCUCCGCCUACGGGAAGUGGGAGGUUCCAACCCCCUCAGGCCGCUCCAGCCCUGAGCGGUACUCUCGACGCAACAUCGUUUGGCAAUUCAUGCCCGGCGGUGUUCCCGAUCGAGUACCUGGAACUUACGGGAUUGCUCCAGCAGCAGGAGAGCGUGCCGUAUGACGAGGACUGCUUGAAUCUGAAUAUCUGGGCGCCGGCGACUAGCAGGCCCCAAGGCACGGCAGUCAUGAUCUGGGUGUAUGGCGGUGGGGACAUGUUCGGCACUAGCAACACUCCUUUCUACAACGGAAUCGAGUUUGUCCAGGCAAACGACGACAUCAUCAUCGUAUCCUUCAACUACCGCGCCAACAUCUUCGGCUUCCCUAACGCUCCCCAGCAGCUCGUAAACGUCGGCUUGCUAGAUAUGGACGCAGCGAUCCAGUGGGUGUCUGCCAACAUUGCCGCUUUCGGUGGCGACCCGGAAAGGAUAACGAUCUUCGGUCAAUCGGCGGGUGCGCUCGCGGUGGAUGCGUACGCGUACAGCCAUCCGUCGGAUACGAUUGUCAAAGGGAUCAUCGCUGAGUCUGGAACGGCCCAGCUGACGUCGGUGCUCAGCGCGGGGUCUGCAGUUCCUACAGCAGCGAACUCUUCCUGGAACACAGUGGCCACAGCCGUCAGCUGCGGAGGGGCAAAUGACGCUGCUCAGCUAAGCUGUAUGCAGGCCGUGCCCUGGCAGACGCUGUUGAGCGCUGUCACGGCUUCUGCGAAAUCCUUCACUCCUUACCCUGAUGGGCAGACGAUCUUCUCCGACGUCUCGUCCCGUUCCUCCAAAGGCCAGUUCCUCAAAGUCCCCCUCCUAAUGGGCACGACCGCAAACGAAGGCGACAUCUUCGUUCUCGCAUACGAAGAAUCCUCUUUCGGGGGGUCCAUCCCCGUACUGGGCACAGUCCUCUCAGACGCAUUUACCGAGCUGGUAUUCACUUGCCCCGCAUCAAAGUCCACGAAUGAUAGGGCUGCGCAUGGAGUGAGCACGUGGAGGUAUAGGUACGAAGGGGUGUACCCGGAUUUGACGGAUGAGAACCCUGCGCUGAGGGCGUAUCAUGCGAGCGAGAUCGGACUUGUUUUCGGGACGUAUAACGUGUCUACUCUGUUUCCUCCUACUGCAGGUGAGAUAGCCCUCUCGGCGUAUAUGCAAUCCGCAUGGGCAUCCUUCGCCCGCUCUCCUAGCACAGGUCCCGGAUGGGCCAAGUACAGCACCGCCCUUCUCACCUCAACGAUUGCCGAACUAGGGAACAACAAGAAUCCCGGCGGGGCGACGCUUGCCCCACCCUUGGAGUUUGACGUGGGGUGCGGGGUGGUGAACGUGUUGGAACCGUAUGUCUUGCAGUUGUUGAGCAUAUUUGGAGUGGGUGGGGGGCUGUUGUAGGGGGAUGGAUACACUCCCACAUUCCUUACUGGACACUAGUACUGCACCUGACUG